AUGAGACUUCUAACCUGGACCUGCGCCGUCACCCUUUGGCUCCUAGGCGCAACAAUUCUCCAACGACUGAACCCCAAAGAGCAGCAACCCCUUACCCUUCUUACCUCCAAACUAGAAGAGUGCUUCACAGCUGGAAUAAUAGAAGUGCCAGUUCCUAGGCAUCCCAUCCUAAGCUUCCCUUCUCAACAAGAAUCUGAUGACUCUUCCUUAGAGUUCCUUGAGGAAGGUGGUUUCCGUUAUCCGUUUCCCCCCUUUUUGCCAAACGUCACUCAUUGGCCCUUCCUUAUCCCUGGUCCCCCGGACUCGUCAAAUAGCGAUGCUGUAGUCCUACACCAAUUCCCUGGACCCCUGGAUGUCCCCCAGAACUCAGAAGCUACUCCUGGAUCUUACCACGUUGCUCCUGCACGGGUUUUUCCAUCGUCAUCACCUAUGAAUAUCUCGUCAUCCCCUAAUCCUGACAGUCCCCUCGCUGCCUCAACCGACUCACCAACCUUGAUCACGCUCCUAAUCUACAGCUACUAG